AUGGUAGAGGGAAAUCCAAGGAAAUGGCACACAUUGUUAUCUCAGGCAUUGUGGGCCCACCGAAAUAGUAGAAAUACUUCUACUGGAUUCUCCCCAUACCAAUUAACGUUUGGGCAAGAUGCUGUACUUCCUGCUGAAUUUGUUGUAUCUUCACCCCGAGUGUCUAAUACAACUGUAAGCAAUGACGAGGCAUAUGUGCAAGGAAUGUGGCAACAAUUGGAGGAAGUAGACACCGAUCGAUUGAAUGCUCUGGAUCAAGUGGUUCGACAAAGUGAGAUUAGAGCAAAAUAUUAUGGGAAAAAGGUGUCCCCAAAAGUCAUUGCAGAAGGAGACUUGGUCUGGAAAACAAUUCUGCCAACGUAUAAAAAGGUGGACCAGUUAGGGAAAUGGUCCCCCAAUUGGGAAGGUCCUUUCGUCAUUUACAAAGUAAUUGGUAAUGGAGCGUUUAUUAUUGUAAAUCAGGAAGGGAAGCUGGUACAUUAA